AGGAUUCACAGGCAUUUGACACACACACACACACACACACACACUCACCUCACUCACUCGUCUUGCUGCAGUAGAUACUGGCUCUUGAAACUCAUAGCAGCUGUACAUUUCCUCUGCAAGCCAGUGUUGAUUUUUUUCCAUCUUUUUCAUUUGGUUGUUUUGUUUUUUGACACCUUCAAUGAGAUUUGGCAAUUUUUCUGAACUAUUCUGAACUUUUUUGCUAAAAAACAAGAGAAAGGAGAGGUCAGCGAGAACGCAGUUGUGUAUAGAGCACUUUAUAUGGACUUUUGGAGCAGUUCACUCUUCUCAUGAUUUUUGUCACUUUGCACAAGGACCACUUCUAUUCUAAUGCUCUUAUUUCGGUCUGUCGGGCGAUAUCCUGCAUUCAUAUAUUUAGCAAUCUCUGUGACUUUUCCAAAAGAUAUCACAAACGUUAUAAUACACAUUGACUGGAAUGUAUUGGACUGAACUGAACAGAGAAUUCAAUUUUUGUUACAUUUGAAUGUUUUUGGACAUUAUUUUCAUUGAUUUAUUUGAUGGGACCACCGUCUUUCAGUAAGACUUAUUUAUUAUUUUGAACCUGAUCGCCAUGCUGGACACCAACCUGUCCCUUCACACAGACCCCACCUCUUUUGGGCCCCCUCCAAUCAGCAACAGCAUGGAUAAGCAACGCAUACGAUUGGAGUUAGAACGCCGGGCUUGUCGGAGCCUGAGGGAAGUGCUCCAGCUCAAACUCCAGCAGAGACGGACCCGUGAGGAACUGGUCAGCCAGGGGAUCAUGCCACCGCUGAAAAGUCCAGCUGCCUUCCACGAACAGAGAAGAAGUUUAGAGCGAGCGCGGACUGAAGACUACCUAAAGAGGAAGAUCCGAAGUCGGCCGGAGAGGUCGGAGCUGGUCAGGAUGCACAUUCUGGAGGAUCACAUGCCUGAUGGUUGUUGGCUGGCUAACCCGCUGUGUGCUGUGUGUUCAGAGACGUCGGCGGAACCCUCCCUCCAGGCCAAACAGCUGCAGCUGAAGAGGGCCCGUUUGGCUGACGACCUCAACGAUAAGAUCUCCCACCGGCCCGGCCCCAUGGAGCUCAUCCACAAGAACAUUCUGCCGGUACACAGCAGCCUCAAACAGGCCAUCAUAGAGACAGACUUCCCCAAGGUCGCUGGGGAGAUCUCCUCCUUUGAUGAGGACAGUAGUGAUACUCUCUCUCCUGAUCAGCCCAUUGGUCAGGACUCUCCCCUGGGCCCCGGCCCUCUGCCCUCUCCCCCCGACGCCCUGGUUUGCAACAGCACCCCCUCCCCCACACAGUUUCUCACUCAGGUUCCUCCGCCACCCCCUCCUCUUCCUCCCUUCUAUGGGCCCUGCCAACCGCUGAAGUUGAGCAAUGGGACAUCAGUUCUGAGAACCGCCCCUGCACUGAUCAAGUCCCAGCCUAAGCCCACCUCAGAGCGCCCCCCUCAGCGAUCCAAGAAGCACAAGGACAACAAACCCAAGGUGAGGAAGCUGAAGUACCACCAGUACAUCCCCCCGGACCAGAAGGCUGACCACGAGCCUCCCCCUCAGCUGGACUCCACCUACGCCAAGAUCCUCCACCAGCAGCAGCUCUUCCUCCAGCUGCAGAUCCUCAACCAGCAGCAGCAACACUACAACUACCACACCAUCCUUCCUGCACCACCCAAACCCCCAACAGAUCAACCACCUCCCACCAAUGGCCCCUCUCCUUCUCUGGCCUUGCCCGCCCCCUCGACAUCCUCCUCCAGUCAAAGUGCACCAAUCCGGCAGAAUGUCACACAUGUGGGAGGGGCCACACCAGGUUCUUUGCCUCCUAACCUGGACGACCUGAAGGUGGCUGAACUGAAGCAUGAGCUCAAACUGCGGAGCUUGCCUGUAUCAGGCACCAAGAAUGACCUCAUCGAGCGGUUGAGGAACUACCAGGCUCAGCAGAACAGGGGUGGAGGUGGUGGUAGUGCAACAACUACAACAGCAGGGGGUGCCACAGGGUCAGGUGCCGGAGCUCCCAAAACCAACCACCCAACACAACAACAACAAAAACAACUACUACUACUACAACAGCAGCAACAGCAACUUUCCCAACACCAGACCCAGUCCUCUGUGGUCCACCAAUCAAGAGAUGCAGGUGUGGUAACCUUGGCAACCUUCCCGUUCGUGGCCACUGCUCCACAGCAGAUCAUGCACUUUGGCAGCACUAGCUCCUCCCCGCCUGUCUCUCCUGCCCCCUCAGACCGCUCGCUAGCUGGGAUGAGCCCAAACGAGACGAGCUGUAAUGGAGACUCAUUUGGGGAGAUGGUAAGCUCUCCCCUCACCCAGCUCAGCCUUCAUCCUUCCCCCCAGCACCUUGCCACUAUCAAAGAGGAGUUGAGUGGCUCGGCCCCCACAGCCUGCCAGUUCUCCAAAGCUGCUCUGCAGAAACGCCUGCUGAUGCCCACAGCCAUGCAAGUAGCACCCCCCUCUGUGAACAAGGUGCUGCAGGAGAAGGACAAGCAGAUCGAGGAGCUGACGUGCAUGCUGAGGCAGAAACAGCGGCUGGUGGAGACCCUGCGCUUCCAGCUGGAGCAGGGCAAGAGAGGGGGCCGGGACGCCCCCCCAGAACCCCUGGGCCUCAUCAGGGUGAAGGAAGAGCCACCAGACAUCCCCAGCAUCCCCUCCACAUUUUGCCCCAUUGCCCACUCCCCGACCCCUCCCCAGUGCCACAUGGAGGUCACCAAGAUGACCAUCAAGCAGGAGGUCGGGGACGUGGAAGAGGCCGUGGAGCCAUCCUUGGAAGCCCCACCUCAGCAGGUCCAGGUGCAGCUGGAGCAGAUCCAGGCGCAGCAGCGGUCGCAGCUGGAGCAGCUGAAGCUGCAGCAGACGCAGCAGAUCAACGCGCUGCAGCUGGCCCAGCAGCAGGCCCUGCAGCAGCUGCUCCUACAGCAGAACCAGCAGAAUCUGCAGAAACAACGCUCACAGCAGAGGAAGAAGAAGUCCCACAAGCAACAGCUCAAACAACAGCAGCAACAGCUACUGUCCCAACACCAACAGCAGAUACAAUCAAAGAACCAACAGCUGUUGCAGUCAAAGCAUCAACAUCAGCAGAUAUUGCAGGCACAACAACAGCAACAGCAGCUGAAGUCACAACAGGUGUCUCAGAUGUUCCUCAAUCAGCAGUCGGGCUCCACCACUUCCUUCCCCUUGGAUCUCCUCAAGACACACUCCACACCUACCCUGGUGACAGACAGCAACGGCAACCAUUUCCUCAUCACACUGACCAAUCACUGUGCCGAGAGCCAAGGGAGUGAUACGCCACAAGGCACUCCACAGGGCAAAGCAACCAAUCACAUCACACUGCAGAGACUGCAGUCAACUCCCACCAAGCUGCCCAGCCAAUCCCCUCUUCAGUUGCCCAGCAGUGACACCCAAUCAAAACCGACAAAUCAACCAGGCCACGUGAAACUGCAAACCAGAAAGGGACAGAAGACUGGGCUGCAGGUGUCAACCAAUCACUCCCCAGGGGUCACUCUCUCCUUCUCUGCCCCGCCCAAUCUCCAGCCUUUCUUCCCCAAUGAUGACUCCUCCCCUUCUGAAAAAGACACCUCCCCCUCUCCUUCAGCUCAAACGGAGGAUUUGAGUCCAGGUCUGGACCAUGAACCCCUGUUCAGCCCUCCUUCUCCCAAACGGACACCCUCCCCUAACCCACCGGAUGACAAGGAUAAUGGAUCCACCCAGCAUAUGGACGACCUCUUCGACAUCCUGAUUCAGACUGGAGAAAUCUCAGCCACCUUCAAACCAGCGCCCGACCCGUCCCUGUUGCGACUGCGCCCCAACACCCCUUCCCCUUCCCCCUCUCAGGCGCCCUCCCCUCUCCAGCUGCAACUCCACUUCUCGCCCCCCACCCCUCCCGAACCCGAGACCCCCCAGCCGGUCCCAGGGGAGGAGGAGGAGGAGGAGCUGCAGGUGCCGGCCACCGUUGACCAGGACGUUAGCAACACAGGAAGUGGACGUCUGGAGGACUUCCUGGAGAGCACCACGGGCAAACCCCUCCUGGGGUUGGAGCCUGGCGGGCCCCUGACCCUGAUUGACGACCUCCACAGUCAAAUGCUGAGCACCCCCAGCAUCCUGGACCACACGUCCUCCCCCAUGGAUACCUAUGAGCUGUCGGGCUACACGGCCAACCCCCCUGGCCUGGACUUCGGAGACCAUGCCCUGGACAGCAUGGAUUGGCUGGAUAUCACCAUGGGUGGGGCGAGCAGCGAGGUCCCAGGACUCGCCCCACUGGGUCCCCUGGGCCCCCACACGCCCCCCAGCGUCUUCUCAGCAGACUUCCUGGACAGUUCAGACCUGCAGCUCCACUGGGACUCCUGCUUAUAGCCCUGGGCAGUCUUACAGUGUCAUCCACACGGAUGGAUGCUGAUGUUACAUUGUAAAGCACUCUCUCUCUUUUCUCAACGUACAAUGACUCAAAAACACACUGGGUUGUUAAACUCUACUGCACUCUGAACUCAGUCCCUCUUACUGACAUACACUUUUAUAGACUUAUUAUCUGUAGACCCUUACGUUCUAUAAGGCAGGCCCUCUUGCAUGCGUAGCUUAUACAGUAAUACCUUUGUUAACAAACCCUGUGGAUCGGAGGGAACUAACUGUUUGUUUUGAAUUUAGGAAAAAGGAGUUGAUGAUGCUCCUUCAUCCGAGCCAGUCAGAAGCUUACCGUAGCUACAUAUCUAGACUAUUAUCUAUGUUUAUUAUUGCCCUUAGUAGUAAUAGUAUGGAGAUAUUGUAACAAUGUUGAACCAAUAAUGUGAUAACAAGACCACAAUCACGUCUGUCUAGCAGCUUUAGGGUUAAAAAAACACAACCUACUUAUUUUCAUUAACUUUAGAGGAGAUGAUCAGGGAAGCCAAGGUGAAGGAGAAUGAAGUAGCUAUUUGUUAGCAAGAAUGCAUGCGGGUGUCCUCCAGGAUGGGAGUCAGACCAUGGCUCCAGUGUAGCAGUCUGGUGACCGCAGCUCUGACUGAGUAGGAGAACUGCAGGAGGAGCCUGGUACAGAGGAGAGAGACACAGACAGUGAUAUUUGACUAUGAUAUAUUUUUGCCCAUUAUAUGGGAUGUAUUUUAGGAUAUAUUUGGAAACAUGAUUUCAUGUUUUAGAACACAUGGUCUUACUCUCUUAGUUUAAUUAUAUUGCUCUAGAACAUUAUGACAGACGUGAUGGGAUUUUAUAAAUUUGAUAAAAAUGAGAACCUGCUUUUUUAACAGAGGUUUUACUGCUACGUAUUGGACUUUAUCUCCUCUGGACGUACGUUCAUUUUCAUAUACGCGCUGAACUAUAUGUCAGCUAAUACUGUAGCUAAAGUAAGUUAGGGUUAAGAGAUUGCAAAGAUGGAAAUGUUUCUGUUUCAUUUUAACCUAUAUAAGCAAUGAAGUAUGCAGAGAUUACGUGUUUCGUGUAUACUGUAGUCCACUCCGUCAAUUAUGUACUGUCAAUUAUGGUGAUGCCUAUUGAACCAGGAGCUGCAUUGGUGAAUAACGAAUGCUGUGUUAUUAUUUUGGAUGCCCCUUAACAUCAGGACUGUAUUAUUAUUAAUAUGUACUGUAUCAGUACCUUUGCCAAAAUAUGUGAUUUUUAAUAAAGUCCUCCCUAUAAAUUGUUGCUGUAAUAUACCAAUUUAGACACUGAACGUGUAUUAUAAUGCACAGUGUUUCCCAUUUUAGGUAAUGCAGUACACGGUUUACUGUGACAAAUUCUGUCAAGUGUGAACUCUGUAUCCAGAGUUAGAAAACCCAUUUGCACGGCCUCAGACUCGCACGCACACAACACUGCACACACACAUGCGCACAUGCUCAAUUUGAGCAUCGCUUGCUUGUUUGAAUGUAGUUAUCAUUUUCAUGGUUUGUUGCAUAUCACCACAAACAUACAUUCAGGAUAUUCUUCUCUCUGACUUCUCCUGUGUGUGUGUUUGUGGUGGGGGUGGACAGGCAGAUUCUAUCCAGUAUAUCCUCCUGUUUGACUUUGCCCUUAUGGUGCUCUUGAAUGGCAAACCCCCCAUGAUAGGAGGAUUGUAGACCAGUCAACCCCGAUCUGCUGUAUUAGGGAUUCUGUCAACAUGUCAAAACUUGAGGGAUUUGGGGAUUGCUCUGGGGAGGGGAAACUGGUUGGGCUUCUUCAUUAAUAUUUGGACAUUUAUUAUGUUUUCUUAUUUUUAGAAAAUAGUUGAUGAAAUAAAAAUUUGAUAAAAAUUGUGGUUUACAGCGUGGAUGUUUGGGGGCCACACCACGGAAUGAGGGUCGGAGAUGAACAUUUUUGAAAAAGUGGAUACUGUGAUGUAAUCGUUUAGCACCAGAAUCCCCCUAGAGUAGGUUUCCCCAACUGGCGGCCCGUGGCCCGAAUUUGGCCAGCAGGUGAUUUUAAUUGGCCCCCCAAGUUCUGAGCAAAAAAUAUAUAUGUGUAUGUAUGUAUAUCAUUGUUUUAUUGUUGGACAUAAAAGACUGUAAAAAUA